CACACAAAUCAUGUCUGCCAACCGAGCGCUCCUCGAUGAGCUGAUGGGCGUCAAUCGCAACGCACUGCCGCACGAGCGCAAGCGUGAACGCGAGUGGCCGGACGACGAUGUCUGCAAGCACUACUUGUGCGGAUUGUGCCCGCACGACCUCUUCCCAAACACAAAGAUGGAUCUGGGCAAGUGCGCCAAGGUCCACGAUGACAAGCUGCGGGAGGCCUACCAGACAAGCAGCCGCAAGGGCGAACUCGGCUUUGAACUGGCGCACAACAACUUCCUCGAAGAGACCGUGCGCAGUGUGGAGCGCGUCAUUCGUGCCAACACGGAGCGCAUGCACGUCGGACCGGGCUCGGAGGCGCAGCGGCAGCAGGACCGUGCGCAGCGCAUCGCUCGCGUGAACGAGCAGAUCGCCGAGUUGACCUCGCGCGCGCAAGACCUCGGCGCCCAGGGCCAGGUCGACGAAGCGUCCGCCAUCAUGCGUGACAUUGAGCGUCUCACCAACGACAAGACCAAGCUGGAGCGUCCGGACGAAGACGGUCGCGACAACAGCCUCGAGGUCUGCCAAAUCUGCGGUGCCUUGCUGAUUGUCGGUGAUGCCCAAGAGCGUGUUGAUGCUCACAUCCAAGGCAAAGUGCAUGUUGGCUACGCGUUGAUUCGCGAUAUGCUGGCCAAGUACAAGCAAGAGGGGUUCCCGACUGCAUUGCGUGGACCGCCGCGCCCGUUUGGCCGUGACGACGACCGCGACCGCGACCGGGAUCGCUCGGAUCGUGGCCGAGACCGCGACCGUUACGAUGAUCGCGACGAUCGUCGUCGCCGCUCAUACCACGACUUGGAUCGUGACGAUCGAAGCUAUGGCCGUAGCCGUGAUCGCUCGCGUUCUCGUUCCCGCUCUCCGCGCAGGAGCUACUCUGGGCGCCGUGAUCGCUCGCGGUCUCGUUCUCGCUCGCCCCGCAGGCGGUAAACCAAGCGAGCGCCAAAAAGCUCGACAAUGUCUUGUACCGGCUGCAUCCAACAGCUGCUCACAAAAAGCAAGUAACAAUCCCCUCACCUCAAUAAACAAGGAAAUCCAUUUGCGCGAGA